AUGGACGCGUACUUCUCCUUCCACAAACCGUCCGCAGAUGAGGAACGAAAUGUCGAGGACGAUUACUUGGAGCUCGUGGAUCCGGCGUUCUGGGACGCGAGCCGGUACCUGAAACUUGCGGAGACUGUGUUUGGUGUGUUGGACACCGAGUUUGAAGAGGCGCUAAAGGCGGCCGGAAAGGCCCUCGCUCGCGACCAAGAGAAGGAAAUCUCGAAGGGAGUUCCGUCAGGAGUAGAUCUGAAGAAGGCCUUACUUUCCAAGCUGGAAGUCGCGAUCGAAAACGGGGCAGGCCGCGAGGCGAAGGAAACGGAGGAGCGAGCAGGCGACGCGACCGGUGAAGCAGGAGUCGGCGGUGAGGCGGCCGAACCUAACAAAGACGCGCAAGAGAAUGAAGACGGACAAAGGUUUCUGCGACGCGGAAUGUCUCACGAGUUACGCGAAGCAAAGCAAAAGGGCGCCAGGUGGUUGUUUGACUCCGCUAAACUCGAAGACGUCAACUUGUCAAGCAUGCUCCUGGUUGCACUCUCCGUCGCGCUCGAGAAAAUCCCCAUUCCUGACUUGUCUUUCCUUGACACACUCCUUUAG